AUGGCGUCGUCCUACAAAGUGGAUGUUAUAUUCUUCUUAAAUCCCUACCAGAUGUGGGUAGCGGUACAAAAACCCGAAGGCGGGAUUUUCUUCGAACAAAUUGGUGUAUACGGGGUUCUGCCAAUGAAACCGAAUUUAGACAUGCUUGACGGCGGAAUGAAGAGUAGAAGAAGUGAGGAAUGGAUGCCUGGUGUCGUAUCUCUGAUGAAAGAGUUGUUAGAAGAUGUGGACGUCUUCUUCUGGCCGGUUCACGUUGAUCGAACGUCUUCUACAUUUAAGGACAAGAAUAUUGUUCACAAAUAUGGUGAACUCACACUUGUGAAUCGAAGAGGAAAGAAAUACAAACUGUCCAAACUACUUGUAAAAAGCACAUUUGCAAUGUACAGUGAGAAUAUUUUCCUAGAACUACUUGAGUCUGGUAACAUCAAAACAAAGUUAUCAGACGAAAAAACUGAAGAAAUGAAAUCUAUUCUUAAACAAUACAAGACAAUGAAGAAAUUAGGUUCGCGGCCAAUUAAAACAGUACAAACAUUGACAGUUGAAAAACUAGAGCUACAUAAUAAGAUAAUUGAAGAGGAAGGGUUAGAUUUUUUAAAUGACUCCAAUGCAAGUGAUGAAGAACCUGUAGGACGGGGGAUCAGAUCAAGAGACCGUUCUGGGAAACAAAGAAAAUACAUUAAAAAACAAACUGAAUUAGAAGACUGUCCAAAACCCAUAGAAAGCUGUUCUGACUUAAACCAAACUCAUGUUAAGUCAACAACUAUGAGUUUAAAAGCAGAAACUUCACCGAAAAGCCUGUGUUCUUUACUACUCAAAAGGAAAUUGAUUGUUAAAGAGAAUCAGAUGAAAGAUAUUCUUUCGUCAAAUGGUUUUAAUAAAGAUGAAAACAAAAUUGAAGAAUUAAAACAUAAUCGUGAUAAUGUAAGGAACAUUCCAUACAAAAUAAUUUCAGAUGGAGAGUUCAAUUUUGAACAUGACAACAAAAUAAGACAGGUCACAACUAUGAAUCAAGAGACUCAUAUCAAAGUUGAAAAGAAAGAAGAACCUUCUCUUGAAAUUGUUAAGAAAUCAAAAAAAUCUAAAACUGCGAAGAAAUCUACUACAAUUCCCGAAUACAAUGCCAUCACACAAACCUGUGUCAAAUAUGGGCCACCAGACGCGGAUAUUACUAGUUUGCCACCCAAAAUUGUUUCAAAAGAGCAAUUUGAUCAGGCUCGUAGCCUUAAACAAAUCUUUGAAGGACCUGAUAAAGAAGUUCCUGUCAGAAAAGAUGAUUAUCAAGACGAAGACUCUGAUCACUAUGUAUCUAAACCUUCACAAAGACAACUAAAUGCUGAAAUUGACAUAAAGGUUAAAAGUUUUGGGAUACCUGAAAGCAAAAGAUUUGAUUUUAAAGAAGCAAAAUUUGGUAUUGAGAUGGAAAAAAUGAAACUGAAGCCUGAAAUUUCAAAAUUGAUUCAUAUCGGAGAUAAUGGCAUGAAGAAUAACAAUGAGACAGUUGAAAAUAAAAACACAGAUGAAGAAGUGUGCACAAAAAUCCACGAAUGCUCAGGCGGAAUUAAAAAAUCAAUAACAAGUUCAUUGUUACGCAAGAAACUCCAAAUACAUAAAGAAAAUUUAACGAAUCAAAAUGGAAGCUCGUCUACUGUGUCUGAUGGUGCUGAUGCCAGUUUUGAAGAUUCGUCAUCUGCUUCAGGAGGUAUUAAAAAAGUUAUUAGAAACAAAGAAUUACAUUCUGACGAUGAAAGUGUUUCAGAAAUUUUAGAGAACAUUAACGCCAAAUAUCCGAAACCAGUAUUUAAACCUGAAAAAACAAACCCUAUAACUCAAGAUUUAAAAAACCACGUUAAUCCGUUUAAAAAUAUCGAUCCGCACAUGUCUGUAUUUGUAGAUAAAUUAGUCUCACCAAUUCUAUUGGUUCAUUCCAAGAUGAACAAACGUUUCGAGCCCUCUUUCAAAAUUCGCGACAUAAAUUUCAACAGUCACAUACAGAUUAUUCUAAAAAACAUGAAUGUUGUGCAGCCGAUGACAUUGCAAACUAUGUCUUGGUUUGCAAUUUUGAGAGGCUACAGCACAUUUUUGAUUAGUCCUAAGGGUAGUGGGAAAACUAUGGGGUACCUGCCGGCAAUUUGUAACCUUAUAGCUGACAAUGAUUGUGUUAUACCAAGCACUGGCCCCAUAUGUAUUAUAGUUUGUGCCACUGCCGUAUCGGUAUCGGCGGUGGAAAAAUUGGCAAAACUCUUUUUGAACAAACACAAAGUUCUUGCCUGUUAUACAGGCAUGAAUGAGUUAGAUUUAACAACAUCACUACUUAACGGUUGCGAUUUGUUAAUCACAACGCCUUCGCUUUUAGUGCGACUUUUGCAGACCACUGAAUUCGGAGUCGAUUUUUCUCGACUGACAACAUUUGUGCUUGAUGACUGCGAAAGAUUGGCCGAAGUAUAUGGUAUGGAGAUCAAAUUCUACCUCGUUAAAAUUAAAGAGAUGCUCAGAAAUCGAACUGUGAAGGAACUAAAGGUUCAAUAUAUCCUUACGUCAAGAGUUUGGUCCGAUUUCAUGGAGCCUCUUGCGAGAAAAGCAACUGAUACUGUAGUGUGCAUUGGCGCAUUUCAGGAAUGUGUUUUGUAUUCUAAAGCAAGCACAACUGUGUCUUUUCUGACGAAACACAGAAAGAUUGAAUCGGCCCUUGAAUUUGUUAAAAAAAGUGAUAGAACUAAGAGGACUGUUAUUGUAUGCCGAUCAGAUGAGGAAGUCGAACAGCUUGAAAAGACUUUAACGAGAGCAAAGUAUACUGUUUUUGCGUGCAACACAACGAUGACUGUUCACGAUCUCUACAGUCUCAGCAUUGCAUGGAAUGAGUACAAAGAGCCUUUAUCAAGUCCGAUCAUGGUUUGCUGUGACGACAAUUUGAGCCACAUGAACAUAACAGACGCUCAUUACUUGGUGCACUUUUCGUUGCCUGACCUCUUCUCAAAAUUUUGCAAGAGGUUUUCAGUCCUUAAUGACAAUUACGGAUCAAUUUUUAAAGAAGACAACGAAAGUGUUAAAAUAAAAGUGCUAUUGGAAGAGGACAAUACAGAACAGCUGCCGAAAAUUCUUCAUUUCAUCAAACGAUGUACGAAUGACGUGCCAGAUUCUUUGGAAAAGAUUUGUGAAUCAAUCGUAUCAAAGAAAGAACUGGCGAAAGCGGAGAGAAUGGUACCGGUUUGCGACAAUUUACUAGCAUUGGGUGAAUGUCCAGAUUAUUGGAAUUGCCAAGAACGUCAUGUACUUUCAAAAGAACACGAUAAGCCAAAAGACUGGAUUCCUGUCAAUGGAGUGAUUACUUUCAAAAUCAUUCAUUAUCACAAUGCGGUUUCAUAUUCUGCAAGAUUACUUACGCACGUGAAAGGAGCAGAUAUCACAAAGUAUCCACAGAAUUAUAAUAUGCUUUCCAUGAAGAUUUCUAUGUACUUCAGCAUAGAGUCUAAUAGAAAACUACACGGGAUCCCAGAAGUUGGCGAUAUUUGCGCUGUUUGUGUCAGACAGAACUUUUUUCUCCGAUGUCAAGUGAUGAAAAUCUUGAAUCGCUACCAAAAUGGAAAACCUAAUUACGUUUUAGUCAAAAAAAUUGACGAGGGAGUACUGGAAAGAACUAGAGACAUUUACCUGCACCAUUUGCCCGACGAAAUGAAAGAUCCGGAAACCUAUGUUGUCCAAGUGAGAUUGGCCAAUAUACAACCAAAAGAUAAAGAUAUUACCUUCUCAGCUUUGGCUAUGGAACAAUUGCAAAUGAUCACUGAAACAGACCUGGACUUAAAUCUAAGAGGCCAUAUAGUUCUUACCAUUGGAAAUUGCAUUCUUGUUGACAGAUUAGAAACAUGCAAAACUUUGUCAGUGACUGAUCAGAUGAUAAUAAGACAUGACAUUAGGCAAGAACUUGCAGCUCAUGCCAUUGAUAAUCCUGAACAUAUAAUGAAACUGGAAAAAAUAUGCAAAGAUAGUGACUUUGAGAUUGUUCAUGAAGAAGAAAUUAUAGAAGUUCUGAAACCAGUAAAAAAGGUUGUCAAACCCCAAUGGGCACAUUUGGAAAAAGAUGAUCUUUCGUUAGUAUAUUUCGCAUCUGCUUUGGAUCCAGGCACGUUCUUUGUUCGCCUUGUGAAAUUUGAAGAUUCCUGCAAUCGUCUCAUCAGAGAGAUUGAAAAAUAUACCGAAUUGAAUCCAGAGCCUAUUAAAGAUGUCACAGUAGGUGAUAUAGUGUUGGCAAAAUUCUCCGGUGCUUCUUAUGAAAGAGCUAGGAUUGAUGAUGUUAUGAAAAAUAGGGUUAAAUGUUUCUUCGUUGACCAAGGUGACUGGAUGGAAAUACCACUACAAGAUUUAGCACCUAUUCCUGAGAAGUUUGUCACUCAACUGCCUUUCCAAGCAAUUGAAUGCCGUUUAUACGGCGUCAAACCAGUUAGGGAAGAAUGGACAGAAUUCAGUACAACAUGGCUUAGCAAUCAUUUCGAAGAUGAUUCUGGUGACCUUAAGCAAUUAUAUGUGCAAUAUUACGUAAAAGAAAAAGCAUUGCACACAGAAGGAAAUAAAUAUGCUGUUGUAAUAAUGGAUACAACGUUGGAUCAGGAAUUAAACAUUAACAAAAUGCUUGUUGACGUCAAUUUGGCUGAUCCUAAUGAUGACGAAUGGGGACGAAUAGAUGAAUUAGUAUCUAAAAACAAUAUACAUCCAGAAUUAACCGAAUCACAAGACGGAAACAACAUUUCGGACGAUGAAAAAUCAUGGGAAAAUGUACGCACAAAUUCUACCACGCCUGAAAUUGUUUCACAGUGUAAGAUUCCAUGUAAUGACCUGUUUCUAAAAAAACCUUUGAGAUCUGUUCCCUUAGACUAUGACACUGAUAGUUCGGAAGAAAAGUGGCAAAUUAAUAAUAUUAAAGAUUUCAUUGGAAUGCUUAAAUCUCCAGGACAAAAUUUGGAUAAUACCCCUAAAGGAAACUUACUUGCUAUCGAAAAUACUUCACAGAAUGAUGUAAGCACAAUUGCUGGGAAAAUUUCCAAUACUUUCCAUAUAGUGUCAUCUGAUGCAAAAAUUUUGGACUCAGAUGAUUUGACAACUCCAGACAUUACAGAUGGGAGUGUAUUAAGCGGAACAGAAAAUCAAGAACUGCCUGCAAAAGAACAGACAAAAAUCAAUGACCUUGAAUUACGGAGACCCAAACUCUGUUGGCGUCAAAACAACGAGUUUGUUGUUGUCAAAAUCUUACUAAUUGGUGUUGAGAAAUAUAACAUAGAGAUACAUGAACGUUGUAUUAAAUUUGGUGCUGUAAGUAAUGAUACACAAUAUGGAUUCGAUCUAGAACUAUACGGUGUUAUUGAUACCAAAAAGUCUACUCAUGAAAACAAAGGCCAAUACAUUAUCGUGAAACUAGGGAAACUUUUAAACAGAAAUUGGUUGACGCUGGCAAGGAAUGGUAUUCAGAAAUGGAUAGUAUAUGACGUAGACUCCAUAGACACAUCAUCAGAUGAAGAUGAAAGCGUAGAGAUGAUCACUGAGGACAUUAUUAGGAAUUUUUGUAAACCAAACUCUGAGAGCGAAGACGAAGAGUUUAUAGAUGAUGCCAAUUUUACUUAUACUCGAUAAAAUAUUAUAAGUCUGUAUUAACAUGAAGUUAGAAAAAUAUCAUGGAUCAAGGACUCCAUGUACUUCCUCCAUUUUCGUGAAAUCUUUCUUAUACGCUUAUUUAUUUGGGGAUCUGUUUUUAAAGACAUUCCUAUCCGUUUUUUGGGACGUACACGGCUUGCACGGCAAAAAUGUUAGGAAAGCAAAAACAUAUUGCAAAUUGUCGACAACCGGAGGAAGUGUAAUGGACCAUCUUGACCCCGAUUCAGAAACUCUUCGAUGUUUUAACCGAAUCGUUCGAUUAGAUAUCGUUCUCGAAUCGAAGGGCGAUUUCAGAGUUAUUCAGAACAUUCGAGUAUUCAUAACGAGUUAAACGUUCGAUUCGGAUAUGGGAUACGAUAUCGUUAUGCAACAGCGUUUACGGAGUUAGUCGGUGAAAUAGAUUAUAAGAAAAAUGAAAAUCCUUUUUUAUUCAUUUUUAAGACUUUAAUGGCCUAAAAUAUAUGAGUGCACUAGUCUUGCAUUAAAAUAAAUUAAUAAUAUUGAACAAA